AUGGAAUAUCUGAAUCGCAAAGUCAAAUCAAACGGACAGAUUGACACCCGUCAAAUGAAUGGCGCGAGUAACGCGAGGAAAAAACUGAGUGAGACCGCAAUGAGCCCGGCACCCCCCGCGCCGCGUGACAAAAACACGAAUCAACCAGAGGUUGGCAAGCAGUCGCUCUCUGGCAGUCGAACGUGCACGUACAGUAUGGAAAGAGAUCGCAUCGGUGUUUGGGGAUCCGGGGAUGGGCAGUCCAACAGCAAACUAUCUGGCCUAGACCGGCUUAAACAUCCCGGACUUAAUAAGGGUAUGGCGUUCUCUAUAGAGGAGCGUCAGGCUAUGGGUAUUCAUGGCCUGUUGCCGCCUAGAGUAAAGACACAAGAGGAGCAAGUACAACUGUGCAAGUUGUCCAUAGAACGAUACGAAGAUCCUCUGAACAAGUACAUCUACCUUAUGGGAUUAUUGGAUCGCAACGAGCACCUGUUCUAUCGUUUCGUCGGUGAGAACGUGUCCCAGAUGAUGCCCAUAGUGUACACGCCGACCGUGGGCCUCGCCUGUCAGAAGUACGGGCUCGUGUACCGCAGGCCUCGCGGGCUGUUCAUCACUAUCAACGACAAGGGAUACGUGUACGACAUACUUAAGAACUGGCCGGAGACAGACGUGCGAGCGAUCGUCGUGACUGACGGUGAACGUAUACUGGGUCUGGGUGACUUGGGAGCGUGCGGGAUGGGUAUACCGGUGGGGAAACUAGCGCUGUACACCGCACUGGCCGGGAUUAAACCACACCAGUGUCUACCCAUCACUAUCGAUGUGGGCACCAACAACCAGACUAUGUUAGACGACCCGCUGUACAUAGGUUUGAGACAGCGGCGUGUCCGCGGCCCGCAGUACGACGAGCUCAUACAGGAGUUCAUGGAGGCUGUGGUCAAAAGAUUCGGACAGAACUGUUUGGUGCAAUUCGAGGACUUUGGUAACGCGAACGCGUUCAGGCUGCUCGAGAAGUACCGCGGGAAAUACUGCACCUUCAACGACGACAUCCAAGGCACGGCGGCCGUGGCUGUGGCGGGUCUGCUGGCGAGUCUGAGGCUCACCGGCAAACGACUCUCGGAUAAUGUGAUUGUGUUUCAAGGAGCGGGGGAGGCGUCUCUCGGUAUCGCGGAGCUGUGUGUGAUGGCGAUGAAGGCGGAGGGUACUCCGGAGCAGGAGGCGCGGGGACGGAUCUACAUGGUGGACUCUAAGGGACUGAUCGUUAAGAACAGGCCCGAGGGUGGACUGAACGAACACAAGGAGAAGUUCGCUAAGGACUGUCCGCCUAUCCGGACGCUGGCUGAGGUCGUGGACACCGUCAAGCCGUCCGUACUCAUCGGCGCGGCGGCCAUCGGCGGCGCGUUCUCUCCGUCCAUCCUGCGCGCGAUGGGCGCCAACAACGAGCGGCCGGUAGUGUUCGCUCUGUCCAACCCCACCAGCAAGGCGGAGUGUACCGCCGAGGAGGCCUACGUCAACACUGAUGAGCGCGCUAUCUUCGCGUCCGGCUCCCCGUUCCCGGACUACCGCACCAAGGACGGGCGCGUGCUCCGUCCAGGACAAGGGAACAACGCGUACAUCUUCCCCGGCCUGGCGCUCGGCAUACUGUGCGCCGGCCUGGUGGACGUGUCCGACGACUUUAUGUUACUGGCCGCUGAGGCUUUGGCGGAGAUCGUAUCACAAGAGGACCUGGACCAGGGCAGUCUGUACCCGCCCUUAGAGCACAUACAGGAGUGCUCCGUCAAGAUCGCUAAGAAGAUUGUGGAACACGCGUACGCUACUGGCAAGGCGUCCGUGCAGCCUCCUCCUCUCAACACGGAGUCCUUCAUCCGUUCACAGAUGUACGACGUCCGCUACGGCCGCGCGCUGCCGCCCGUGUACGACUGGCCUCACGACGCGCCCAAAGUUAAUGUUUUAUAA